ACGGAAGAACUACGAAAGCACAACAAAAUAACGAUAGAAAAACUAAAUAUUGCUCUCAAAGCUGUCUCCAACAUUUAACACAUGAAGAUGGCACAGAGGUCCCUGCUCCAGAAUUAUUUUUCAAAUAA